GUUACUACAUAACCUUAAUGUUUGUCCGAAGUGUAUUAUUAUUUGAUGUAAUAACUGUCUUAACUAAGAAGUGAAAUAACUAUUAUAGCUAUUAGUUUUCUAUGAUAGAUACUGUCAUUUUAUAAAUAAUUGAUUUUUUCAUGAAAAUUAUAUUUAGUAUACAUUUUGAUCUAUACAUAACCUGUUAACAUCAAGAGGAAUCUCUUUCCUUAGACUGAUUAAUAACUAAUUGUAUAAUAAUUGGCAACUACAUAACAAUCCAUAAAAAUGAUUACGUUAACAACUUCCAAACACAUUCUAUCUUUAACACCUGAUGUACAAAGUGUAUGCCAAAGAUUUAUUAAAAAACGUAGCAUGAAGGCUGAAAGGAUAAAAAAAUUAAUGAAAGAAUAUAAAUCAGUAUUUGGUGAAUUAAUUGAAACAAAUGCUGAAAAGAAAAAAAGGCUAAAAUUAGAAAAGAAAGGAAAGAUUUCGCAGCAAAAACCAAGUACAACAGAUGCAGAAUUAUCAUGGAUUAUGAAAAAUUCUGGCAAUAAUUUGAAAAAGAUUAAUUCAUCCACCAAGCCACAGAAUAAACUAGUAGAUUCUGAUAAGAAAAUAUUUGAGGCAAAAUUUAGCAAUGUCAAAAUUAAAAGUCCAAACAAUCAGACCAUAAAACAUAGUUUUCAAUAUUCCAAAUCUAAUCUAGUUUUGCAAAAAGUUGAACAUAAAAUUACUAACCCAUCAUGUAAUUUGUCUACAAUUACAUCAGAUAAUAAUAGUGAUGAAAAUAAUUUUGCAGUAAAUAUUUCAAAAUACAUCUGUGAUCAAAAUACAUCUAUAAAGAAGAACAUUCAUAAUAAUGCCUCGUUGUCCAAUCGAAAUUUACCUAGCACUGAAAAUACGAUUGCAAAGUAUGACGUAUCUUCUAAUUCUCAAAAAUUGCCUGACAUUAUUAUAAAAAAUUUGCCAUUUUUUUCAAUUAUGGGCGAUAAAAAAUCUUCCACGCAGUUAACAGAAAUAUUAUCUAUAUCUGGACAAAAUGAUCCUGAAAUAAUAAAAUUUCCCAGUGUAACUAAGAUUCUUACACAAACUAUGCCCCUAGAAUCAAAAUUGGCUUUAGAAGCAUGGAAGGAAAAAAUGAUUAAAAAGCUUGGGCAAGAAGGAUUCGAAAUACAUCAGAAAGCAUUGUUGGAGGAUGGAGCAUCUCUACAUUCGUGUAUAGCGCAGAGUUUGUUAGGGAAAGAAUAUGAAAUUCCUGUGAGAAUCGAACCGGUUUUUAAAAGCGUCCAACACGUUUAAGAUGUGCAUCAUGUAAAGGCGAUUGAAACACACGUAGUUCACAACAAGUUGCGUUACAAAGGCGUAGUCGAUUGUAUAGCUUCUUAUAGGGGUGAAAACUAUCUAAUUGACUGGAAGAAAUCAGAUAAGAAGAAAUUGAAUUUGAAAGCAACGUAUGACGCGCCUGUACAAAUCGCUGCGUAUAUUGGAGCUAUCAAUGCUUCUAAUCAAUAUCCCUUUGUGAUAAAACACGGAUUGCUCGUGAUUGCUUACACGUGCGGCUCACCAGCGACGAUAUACGAGGUGUGCGACAAUACGUUGCAACAAUACUGGACAGCGUGGUUGCGCCGGCUGCAGGAAUAUUAUGUCGAAACAACGAGCAACGAUGACAACAAGAGCAGUAGCCAAUAAAACGCUAAUGUACCGACA